AUGCGUCUGACUUACGUCUUGCUCGUGGCUGUGACCACCCUUCUCGUCAGUUGUGACGCUACUAAACCGUCGACGGAGGCGACUGCAGUCAGCAAGCGGCUGUUGAGGUUUGUCGAAGCCGCCGACGAGGAAGAGAGACGCAUCGACUUUUCACCGGAGAAACUGCGCAAGAUGCUGGGCGACGAAACCUACAGACUCAAGAAGUUCGGGAAGUGGGACUCAGACGGACACACGUUUGAUGGUUUAAAGCACUAUCUCCUGCUCUCUGACUCGAGCAUGGUCAAGUUGCGGAACAUGUACAAGGCGUGGCUAGAACAAUGA